AUGAAAGAGUAUGAUGUUUCAUCACUUAUGAACGAUGAAAAGUUGCAAAAAGAUAAAAAAUACAUUUUACAAGGUAUUAAACAAGAUUGUUCGCUCUCACUUUUAUAUGCACAUUCUUCAUUAAAGGCGAAUCGAGAAAUUGUGAUGGCGUCAGUUAAAAAACAUGGUCACACAUUAUCUUAUGCCGAUCCAUCACUGUGGAAAGAUAGAGGUUUAGUUUUGGAAGCCAUCAAACAAAACUAUGGCCAAAUACUAGAGAUUGCAGACGAAACUCUUAAAAGAGACAGAAGAAUUGUGUUGGCAGCCAUUAAGCAGGAUGGCACUGCAUUACAGUUUGCUGACAAUUCAUUUAAAAACGAUAGAAAUAUAGUACUGAUGGCAAUUAAACAAAAGGGAAGUGCAUUCAGUCAUGCUGAUUCGUCAUUUAAGAAAGACAGAGCAUUCGUAUUGGAAGCUGUGAAAUUAAAUGGUGAAGCAUUGCCGUAUAUAGAUGCAUCAUUCAAACAAGACAUUGAAAUUGUUAGGGAAGCUAUUAAACAAAAUGGCUGUGCACUUAGACUUGCAGAUAGUUCAUUUAGAAGUGAUAGACAGUUUAUAUUGGAAGCUGUUAAACAAAACGGCCUGGCCUAUAUUACCAUUGCUGAAAAAUUGAAAAAGGAAAUUGAAUUGAAUGCUAUCAAGCAAGAUGGUGUUAAACUAUCUGAUAUUUCCAUGAAUAUUGAUAGAGAAAUUGUUAUCCAAGCUAUUCGAAAUGGAUUACCUUUCAAAAACACAAACCAUUCACUUUUUAAAAAUAGAGAAAUUGUGUUGGAGGCCACAAAGAAAAAUGUAAAAGCUCUUGAUUUUAUUGAUGAUUCGCUUAAAUAUAACACAGACUUUAUUUUGGAAGCAAUUGAAUCUAAUGGAGAAGCUUUAAGGCUAUUUACAAACUUCGCCUUUUCAAACUUUGAACAAACCAGAGAUAUUGUCUUGAAGGCAGUUAAACAAAAUGGCUACGCACUUGACUAUGCCAAUGAAUCAUUCAAAAGGGAUAGAGAAUUAGUAUUGGAAGCUAUUAAACAAAAUGGCUACGCACUUAGAUAUGCAGAUGAUUCAUUGAGGAAGGAUAGAAAAUUUGUGUUAGAAGCUGUUAAAUUGAAUGGCGAUGUAAUUUCAACAGAUGAGUCCUUUAAAAAAGAUAAGCAAAUUGCGUUGGCGGCUGUUAAACAAAAUGGAAAUACUCUUGAGCAAGUUGAUGAAUCAUUGAGAAGGGAUAAGCAAAUUGUAAUGGAAGCUGUUAAACAAAAUGGAGAAGUACUUAGAUAUGCCGAUGAUUCAUUGAGGAAGGAUAGAAAAAUCGUGUUGGAAGCUGUAAAACAAAAUAGCACAGCAUUCUACUAUGCAGACGAAACAUUAACAAAAGACAGAGAAAUAGUAUUGGAAGCUUUGAAACAAGAUGGUGAACUGUAUUUAUUUAUUGACGAGUCAUUACUUCAAGAUAGGGAUAUAAUUUUAGAAGCUGUUAAACAAACCCCAACUGCAAUUGAUUUCAUAGAUACACACUUACUUUCAGAUACAACAUUCUUCCACUUACUUACAAAAACUAAUCCCACAAGAGCUAAUCAAAUCAACUCUUUGUUAUUUAAUUUUAUUGAAAAAUCUAAUGAUCCAAUGACUACAAAGCUUUCUAAGGACAUUGUUGGAAUGUAUUCAAACAAGUAUUGUGAUGAAAGUUAUUUAUUUUAUUGCUUGGAUUUACAUGAAACUUUUCCAAAACCAAUUCUCAAGUUAUUUAGUGCCAAAUACUCUGCUGAUUUCAUAACCAAGUUAAUUAUUUUGCAAAUUGUGAAAAAUAUAGUAUCAAAACAUCCAUUUACCAAAGCUUCUACUUUUGAAUCAGUUGACUAUCAUCUGUUUUGCUUAUUAUUAACUAGAUUUUUGGAAGAAAAUGAAAGUGAGAUUAUUCCAACCCCUAUUUCAAAUCUGAGAAAGCAAGUUGAUAGUAUUUCAUCCAUAUUCGAGACAUCAUAUUAUUCAGCAAAAGAUGUAGAAAUGAUAUUGUACUUUUUCUCUCGUUGGACUGAAAACAGCUCUUCAUUUGACAACUACAAGAAAACAUUAACAAAAUAUAAUGAACUAUUUGGAGAUUCUUCAAAAAUAAUCAAAAUUAUAGAUCAGUACUACUCGUUUUUCAAUAAGAAAUUUCAUUUAUUAUCAGUUUUAGGAUAUGGAGGAGAAGGAGUUGCAUUCAAAGGGUUUGAUAGAAUUAGAAAAGAAUUGGUUGCUGUUAAAGUUAAAUUUGAUAAAGAAUUCGAUCAGAAAUCAUCUCUUGAAAGAGUUCAAUUUAUUAAAAGAAAUGAUAUUGAGGGGAAAAUUAUAUGUUACGAAUGUGAACUAAUUGAUAAUUACAUGUACUCAGUAAUGGAAUUAGGAGAAGAAACCCUAUUAGAUUAUAUUAAUAGAAAUGUAACACUCUACCAAAAUUCUGCAAAUAUAACAAGAGAAAAACUUAUUGAAUUCCUUAGUAUAUUUAUCAAAAUUUUAGAUUCUGUAAAAUCAAUUCAUGACCAUAACAUUUCUCAUAGAGAUUUAGAUCCAAAGAAUAUAGUUAAGGUGAAAGACAAGUACAAAAUCAUUGAUUUUGACACUGCUAAAGUAAUCAAGACAGGUCAUUCAAUCACUAUUGCACGAGGCAAGGCCUCAUACAUGCCACCUGAAGUUUCAUAUGAUAAUUAUAGUGAUGAAUUGUUAAAACAAAAUGAUGACGAAAAACUAGCUCAAAAUGUUGGUAAAAUUACAGUUCAGUGCGAUUUGUUUUCAUUAGGAUGUAUUCUAUUGAAAAUAUUAACAAAUUGCUCUUUACAAUUGGAUCAACAAUUUAUUAGCGAUUCUGAAAUUAAGAAAUAUGAUGAGAACUAUCAGUAUUUUACUGGAUAUGGUAAACAUUUCUUUUCAGUUGUAACAACUGUUGAAGGAGAAACUAAAUUACAUUAUGCUAUUGACAAAUUGAUCAAUAGAACUAUUGAUUCAAGUUUUAAUGUCAAUACUCUAUUAAUUAGAUUCAUAAUUACAAUGAUUCAAAGAGAUUCCUCUAAAAGAUUGAAUUGUUGGACUCACAAAACAAUUCUUUCUGAUAUUGUUCAACAUUUACAAGGUAAAAACAUAACUAUCAAAGAUAUUGAAACAAGUAUGAAAGAAUAUAGAACAGUUGCACCUUUGAAGAGCUACAAUCAAAUACUAGAAGAAAACACUCAAACAAUGAAUGAAAAGAGUCAAAUAAUUGAGGAAAAUUAUCAACUUUUACAAAGAAUUAAAGAACUUGAACUACAAGUAAAACUCAAUAAACAAUAA